AUCAAAGUCGGUGCAGGAGAGGAACCGUUCAAAGUCCACCAAGACAUCCUUUGCCAGCGAUCAAGGUUCUUCCGCAACGCAUUCAAAGGCCAAUUCCGAGAAGCCAAAGAAGGCUCCAUGAAGCUCCGGGACACCGAUGUCGAUAUCUUUCGAUUGAUCAUGUUCUGGCUGUACAGGGACGAGAUCCCCAAAUCCAGUCUCCACACCGGCGUUCCUGACGCGUCGACGGGCGAGACGCCGAACGAUCGCGCAUUCAGCAAGAUCUACAUCUUCGCCGAAGUCUACGAUUUCCCGGCUCUGAGGAACAGGGUCAUGGCUGAGCUCUUUACUGGCUACGGCGCGGGCACUAUAGGACUCAGCUUCCCGAACGCGACGAUUAUUAGGGCGUUUGGUGAGCUUCGUGAGGAUUCGGCGCUCUGUCGCUUCAUUGUCGAUGUGGCGGCUAGGCAGUGGAGGCCCGAUAGAGAUUGUCCUGCUGAAGUGAGGCAGCGCGUCGAGCUGCCGCAUGCUUACUUGUUGGCGCUGGCGACGAUGCUGGCGAAGAGGUCUCAUUGCUUUGGUUCGUUUGAGGACCGGCUUAAGCUGGAGGACUAUAUCGAGUUCGUUUCGUGA